CAGUUUUGGCUUCCAGUAUUGGCCUCAUUGGACCUAGCUGUCUUGUGUUUUACUGCUAGACUAGAAGGCCUUUUAUGUAGGUAACAUUUCCUUCUGUUUCUUUGGCAUAGUUAUUUUUUAGGGCCAUGAUAACCAUAAUACAGAAAAUAAAUAGGAGUAUAAUACCAUGUGAUACAGCAAGCACUCUACAAAUCUUCAAUAAAUGUGGGAAAUCUGAAUGUAGCCUCAUCUUAAAAUGAUAGCAUUUAAUACAAUUCAUGUUAAUGAAAUAUUAAAAUGAAUUGUAUUAAAAGAUUAAUAAAUUUAUUCUGGCGUCCUUAAUUUUAAUUAGAAAUGUUAAUAUUGAAACUCUGUGAAUGGCAAAGGCAAAAAUAUCGACUGUCAUUACUUGGCUUAAGUUGUAUUUUGGAGUAGAAAUCAGUGCCAGUAAUAGGCUUUUACUUUUUAGAAUGGAAUCAUUCAGAAAUAAAAGAGCCUUUGUCUUAUUAUGAGACUGUUUAGCCUGAAAUUUCACUUUAUGAAGUGAAUGCUAACUACAUUUUCAAGCUAUCAAGCACAGUAUUCAGAAUUAAUGAAUACGUCUUUUAAUGCUCUUUUAUCCAUAUAUAGAUCAGAAGAAUGUUGUAGGAAUGGUUGAGAAUAAUGUUAGGUACAGAUGGACCCUAAAAUUAGAAAUCUGUUUAUCAUAUUUAUAACACUGAAACAUAAGCACCUGCUUUAUGACAGUCUGUAAAGUACAAAAGGAUUCCAUAUUGUUUAUACAACUUCUUCUUGAGGUUUGAGUUACACAGAAAGUUAGGGUCAGCAUGCAGAUUUUUACCAUGGAUAGAAGCCUAAAUUGAGGGGAAUAGCUAUAUGAUUGUAUUACUGUAAUACAUUUCAAGCUCUUGCAUGAGAGAGAGAUAAAAGCGGAAGCUGCCUGUUAGAGAUGCUGAAGGAUUUUGCUCCUAACAGCAGGGAAACGGUGGUGGCCAGUUGCAGCAAGGAAUGCUUCAAACUGCUGUCUGCUCUUCUGUUCUGGUCCCAGGGACCACGAGGAAGGAAGCAGUUUCACAGAGUGGUGGGAAGGACAGCUGUUAUAAUAUGAUGCAGUGUGUUGCUGCUGGGCAUCAGAUUGUUGCUCUAGCCAACUUAAGACCUGCUGAAACCACAGGGCAGAGUGAUGAAUUGGACAGCUAUAUGUACCAGACAGUAGGACACCAUGCCAUUGAUCUAUAUGCUGAUGCAAUGGAUUUGCCACUCUAUCGUUGCUUCAUAAAGGGUACCAGCAUAAAUACUGGAAGAGUGUAUACAACAUGUCAGGAAGAUGAGGUUGAAGACCUUUACCACCUCUUGAAACUUGUUAAGGACAAAGAAGCAGUGGAGGGUGUGUCUGUAGGAGCUAUUCUUUCUGACUACCAGAGAGUUCGAGUCGAAGAUGUAUGCAGAAGACUUAAUCUUCAACCUUUAGCUUACCUUUGGCGUCGGAGGGAGGAAAUACUGCUUAAAGAAAUGAUAUCAUCUAACAUUGAAGCCAUAAUCAUAAAAGUGGCAGCUUUUGGUUUAGAUCCAGAUAAGCAUCUUGGAAAAACAUUGGAUCAAAUGGAGCCUUAUCUUUUGGAGGUUUCUGAGAAAUAUGGUGUCCACAUUUGCGGAGAAGGUGGAGAAUAUGAAACAUUCACUCUGGACUGCCCUCUAUUUAAGAAGAAAAUAGUUGUAGAUUCUGCAAAAGUGGUUAUGCAUUCAGCUGAUGCAUUUGCACCUGUGGCCUACCUUCAUUUUCUGGAAAUGCACCUGGAGGAUAAGGAGAAAUCUUCAGAUACAUUUAUGGGCAGUAGCUGCUCUUGUGAAGUAAUCUGCAACAACAGUGAUAGUUUAUCUUCUUUAGAACCGGAUGAGCAACAGAAUAUCAGUCCAAUCAUCUGGAAGGCUUUGAAACAUAAUUCUUUGGAUUUCAGUAAGACAUUCGGAAGUUCAGGGAAAUCUCUGACUGGUUACCAGUGGUUUUCGUGCAUCACUGCACACUUUCAUCCAUUAAAAGACAAAAAUGCUCAAGAGGCAGCAAGGGAAGCAUUUUCGGCUCUCCAAGCAAGUAUAACUUCAGAGGGAUUAAAACUGAAGGAUAUUAUUUUAGUUCAUCUGUAUAUGAAGAGCAUGAAAGAUUUCAAUGCUAUAAAUUCAGUUUAUGUGACAGAAUUUGAUUUGUGUCCACCGGCAAGAGUGUGUGUGGAAACCCUGUUGCCUGAUGGAGUAUUGUUUUGCAUUGAUUGCCUUGCACAUAGCUGUGACAUUGCAACAGAUGACGUAUUAAGUGAGGAAAAACUGGUCAUGCAUGUACAGAGUAUUUCCCACUGGGCACCUGCUAGCAUAGGACCUUACAGUCAAUCCAUCAAGGUCGGAGAUAUUCUCUACUGUGCUGGACAGAUUGGCCUAGUACCGUGUACUAUGCAGCUUGUUAGUGGUGGUGUGUGGACUGAGGCCACAGUUGCUCUCAGUCAUGUUGAGAAAGUCCUCCAGGCUAUGAGCCAGAAGACUACGCUACUCCAUGUGAUCACAGCGAUCUGCUAUGUAACCGACAGCAAACACAUUCCUGUUGCUCAUUCUAUUUGGAAGAAGAAAUUAAGAGAUUGUAAAAAGGUUGACGAUCCAGAAGCAUAUAGUGAAGUAGCUGCAGAGUGUGGGAUGCUUGCUGUGGUCGUUGUAACUAACUUACCUAGAGAUGCUGCCAUUGAAUGGCAUGUUACUGCAGUAGUUGAUGACCCACUCCACAGAAAACAUUUUGCAAAGAAGAUGUUAUCAGAGGGCUUCCAAAUGGAUUGUGAGUCUGUGAAGUCCAGUUCUGCAUCUUGUGCAUCAGUCUCUGUACGUCUGAGCUUGAUUUUACCUCCUACUUCUCAGCUUGAUUUAGAUGGACCUCUUCAUGACUUAGUUUCUAUGUUUGGACAAGCUGUUGAGAAACUUUCAGAAGAUUGCAGUGCAAGUCCUUUGUCGUUUAGAGCUUUCUUCAAGAAGGAUGUCUUUGAUAUUGGAAUGUUACAAUCAGGUUAGUUUCUGUGCCCAGUUGGCUGCCACAAAUUAUUUGCACUACUGAGACUCUUGAUAUAGUGAAAUAGUUAUACGUCUCAUGUGAACUGUUGAGUGCUUUCCAUUGCAUGGAGACAUCUGGAAUCCAUUUAAAAUAGGGAUAUGGUCAACAGCUCGAGUGGUUUAUCUUUUAUGAAGGAGGUAAGUAGUUCAGCUUUGCUUUAGAUCAUGAUUCUUAAGCAAAAUGGAGGAUGUUUUUUGAAGCACUUCUGAUGCAAUAUGCAAGUUAGUGAUUAUUAUGAACAUGCCUUGCAUGAUGAGGUCUUAGGUUUGGUUUUAAUUUGUUGAAUAGAUACAAAAGUAAUGUCAACUCUCAGCAUACAAAAUAACUUCUUAGUUAUUACUUUGUAAUGAUAGGCUGUUUUGUAAGCAGAACAUUUCAAAGCCAUUUGAAAUGUUCAGUUUCUUUGAUUAAGUAGACUUUGAAAACGUGUCAUUGUUGUCCCCUCUUUGAUUCCAUAAAUUUAGCUGGUAUUUGUGCAAGAUCACCAGAUUGCUUAGAAAAAUCGUGGUCUCCUAUAUAAAGCACUGAGAACAAUUACUGAAUUUAGAUUUUGUUUGAUUUAUUAAAGUUUUUCAGAAGAUUUUUCUGUCCUUACAAAAGCAGUCUUUCACAAAACUUAAUGUGUGUGUAUUUAGGGCUCUGCCUUGCAAAUAACCUUCUUUCACAUUGAUUUCAUGUACUUAUAUGAUUAAUUUAAAAUUUUGCCAAAAUAGUAGAGUGAGAAAGAGGAAAUUAAUAGUGUAUUUUCAGGGUUUCUGCUGACUCAUUACCUUGUAGUUUAAAAAUAGAGUAUUAAACAGCUUAUGUACAUUCACUUUAUGGUAUACAAAAUUGAACUAUGGCAGUACUAAUUUAGCCUUUUAUUCUUUGAAUAAAAUCAACUGAUAAUUAAUAUUGUUGUUUAAAUGAUUCUUACAGUAAACCUCAUGUCAUCAAUUAAGAAUGGCAAGGUGGUAUGAUUAGAAAUGAUUAUGUUUCAUUUACUGCAAAACACCUGUAGAUAAUGUGGUUUGUAGUGUAAAUAUCAAUCACUUCUUUAGAAUACAAAAUAGCCAUGAACUAUUAUUUUUCAGAAAACCCUUCAAAAUAACAAAUGAAAUUGAAACCUUAAGAGAAUAAGGGGAAGCUGCAGGAAAUACCAUUUUAUCACUUAUUAGAAUAUACUGGCAUUGGGUCAACUGGGAAGCAGGGGCACUAUACGACAGUAACAUGUACAGCAUUAUGCAAGAAAUUCUUUACAGUGAGGUGAUGGAGCACUGGAACAGGCUGCCCAGGGAGGUGGUGGAGUCUCCUUCUCUGGAGAUGUUCAAGACCUGCCUGGAUGCCUACCUGUGUGACCUGCCAUAGGGAACCUGCUUUGGCAGGGGGUUGGACUUGAUGAUCUCUGGAGGUCCCUUCCAACCCCUACAGUUCUGUGAUUCUGUGAUUAUAAAUUCUUCACAUGUAUAUGCACACACAUUGCAAAUUGACAGAUUUGAAACAGUUAUUUUAAAGAGUUAUAAAUUAGUGUGUUUAAGAAAAUUGAUCUAGUAAUCAUGGCACUAGGUGAGUAUGUAUGUACAUACCUCAUCCAUCCAUAAAGUAAUUAAAUCUGUGUGCACUUUUCUGAACUGAAGCUUGUCUAAAAUUACCUUUCUAAAAGUGGCCCCAUAUAAAGACAAUUGAAACAAUAAGAAUCCUGCAGCAAAAUUUUAACAUGCCUGAAAAACUAAGUAUCUAGUAGCUAGAGGAUUGUGACAAAUACCUUAAGGCAUAAGUGGAAAUUAGAAAAUUAAUUGAAAACUGAAAUUUUUUUCAUUGCCUCCAUAAACACAAUUUAUACAUGCAACUUAGCCUUAGAAACACUUCUUGCAAAAUGAAUGCAUUUUGAACAACCAAUUAUUAGUAUUAAAAAAAAGGUUAUCUACCAUGCCUUAGAUACUUUCUGUGCUUAAAAGCACAAUAGCUUAUUCAUUUUUCUGUACUGUUUAUGUCUUUACAAUGUGUUUUUAUAAAUAUUCAUAUUUUCUUUUUUUUUCUUGUUAUUCUCCUAAACAGUUGAAAUUUUACUUCCAAAAUGUAAAUAAAGAUAUUUCAAACUUUUCCAUGCAAAUAAAAUGAAAGCUGAUGCUUAGGUAUCCAACAGGAUGCAGAGAUAAAGUACAGUGAAUGUAGAUCCUCAGGAGAGACUUAAUUUAGACUUGAUUUAUCAUUUUCUUCCUUUUAGAAACUUAAGAUAUUCUACAGUGAAUUCUUCACUUUCACUUGUCUGGUUUUUCUAAUGAAAGCUUGUCACAUACUGUAGAUUCUUUAGUACAUUACAGUAAAAUAACAUUUACAAAACUAAAAUAUACAAUUCCAAUGUAUGGUUAUUAAUAAAGGUAAAAUAUGCACUAAUACAUUUCUGUUAUUUUGACCAAUAAAAUUUUCAUUUUUAAUAGCUACUGGAAAAAUUUAUGUAAAAAUAGAUAUUUUUUUAAAUGCAAAAAAUCUUAUAUAAAAUUGUGUUUCCUCUCCUUAUCGUUUUACAAGUCAGUUUGAUUUAUCCCUGCUUGGAAUAUUAGACUAGACGUGAAAGGAUAGGAACAUUUUACAGUUAAAGUACAUAUGUAUGCACCAUUGUAUAUACAGGUGAACAUUAAUUUCCUCUGGCUCCCAUCUCUGCCAAGAAAAUUUUCCACUUGUCAGUCAAUUGAUCCUAAUAUUAUCAUAGAAUACAGAAAGCAUUUAAAAAUUUUAAACCACAGAAUUCUUUUCCUUUCCCCACUCAUAUAUUUAAUUCCUACAGUAUUUGGAAAGGAAAAACUUUGUUUCCUGAAAGUAGAUGGUCAUAGUCAAGACUGAAGAAAAUUAAGAGAGGAUGUUGAGGGAAUGCAAUGGGUGGAAAGGUCUGUAGGGGCAAGCAGAUAAUUAAAUGGGAGCCUGAUCAUACCAUCUCAGCCACCUCUAAUGUUUGGCCAUUUUUCCUGUCAUUGUGGCUGCUGACUGUUGCUAGAAAGGAAUGAAGGAUGAUUCUGGCCCCUUUCAAUUUAAUUCCUCUGCUUACUUCUGAGUUUGCUUGCAUGAUUCUGUCAUGAUUACAUGAUUACACAGAGGAGGAUGUCAUUCAGGUCCUGUGAGAUUUUAAUAUUUAUAUGUUUAAGAAAACACUUAGGUGACAGUUGUUUCUUCUCACUCCCAAUGUUCAUUGGAUUAAAAUAGGCGAUAUAAGUUUAGAAAUGAAAGUUGCAUAUCAGAGUCCUCGCUCUCUGGAAUUUCUUUGCCAUUGUCCCUAUUCUUUCUGAUAUUAUUUAUGGCUUCUGUUGCUGAUUUCUGUUGAAAUUUUUCUGCAUCAUUCACAUAGUUCCAAUAACAAUCUGACAACAUAAAAAGACCACAGAAACACAAAAUCAUAUCAGUAGAGCAACACAGUCUGCUUUCUUUACAUUUCAGAUCGUACUGUUUUAACUAUGGUUUAUAGGUAGUUUAGAGUUUUCUUUUUACCUUUUUCUUGCUGAACUGUUUCAUGUUUUCUGUGUUUUUCAUGUGUACAUUAUUUGUCUAAGCAGGCUGUUGACACUUUCAUUCUGAAUUUUUAAGAAAUUUCAAAUAUUUUCUCCUAAGCUGGGAUUCAAGCUCACUGGUUUUUGGAGUUCAUUUUAAGUUUUCAGUGUUAUGAAGUCUGUCUUGAACAUGUUUUAUGUCAUUCAGUUUUCAAGCAAAACGCAUCUGAUUGCAGCUUAGCAAACCCAUCUUGGCUUCUUCUUACUUUGCAGUGUCUAGCAUUUGAAGUGUCUUUCUCUUCUUAAAAUAGACACUGGCAUUGACAGUCUCUGCUCAGGAUUCUGCAAGUUUGUUUUCUAAUAUCCUACUUGUACUAUUUCAAGUAACGGAAAACAAAUGUUGGCCCUAUGCUCUUGGGUCUUGUAUUUGACAAACUGCUUCUCCUUCAUUAUUCUGAAGUUUGUUAAUCUUAGAGGACUCUCACAAGAGAUGCAUAAUUUUUCUUGCAAAGGCUGAGUUACACCAGAAUGAAAAAACUGUGCAUAAUUUUCAUAUAAUUGCAAGGUAAACUGCAAGUCUGGUAAUUUGUACCAAUUUGUACCAAUUUGUAACAAGUACUUUCUGAUCAUUUAGAACUCUUUCGAAAAACUUCACAACUUUACAUCUUUUUACAACUUUAGAAAUCUUAAUAAAAUCCUCAUGGAACAGCACUUCCCCACACUGAUCACCUUUACUGAAAAAAAAACCAAACAGAUUUGCUGGUACACUGUAAUCAUUAGGCAGUAUUUUGCCAAACAGCUGCUGGUGUUCCUGCAGCCAUAGUUCCUUGAUUGACUAGUAGUGUUCUGUUUGCAAAGUGACAGUUCCAUAUUAUCUCAUUUGAAAAAUGUUCUUUGACCAGAUAUGAAUCUUUAUCUCUUCCUACAGGCUAAAUAUUUCUGCAUGUUUGGAACUAAUUGCAUCAGCUUCAUUAAUCUGUUUCGCGAUCUUAAAGCUCCUGAGGGUGUUUUAAUCUGGUGUUUGAGGUAACUUUCUUGAUCAACCCCUGAGCUUCAUCCUGUAACUGUGAACUGGACUUGACUAGUUCACUAGGUUGAGUAAAGCUGUUUGACUGUGAUUGCUGUUGCUUGCCUUCUUUAUGGAUCACAGAUUUUAUAUCUCAUAAAUCUCAUAAAAAGUCAAAUAAUGAAUAGUAAAGAAAUAGAAUUUAUCUAAAAUUUAUGAAAACCUUUUGUUGUCCCUAAAAGCAUAAUCAUGACCUUCUGCUGAAGUGAGUCAAACUUGUAGCCAUAGGGAACAUUUCACACAGACUGUAUUGCAAGAUUGAAGCUGAAAUGAAAGUACAGAUAGUUUACAGCCAUUCUGUAGGCUGUGGACCAAAAAAAAUUAUAACUCCUGGAGUAAGUUCAAACUGUUAGUGAUUACAGAAAGGCUGUCAUCUUGCUCAGUGUUCUGUCCAUGCAGAGCUUGUUGAAAUUUCAUUAAAUGCAGCAUUAGUGACAUUUCCAAAAUAAUGUGAAAUUUACUGUAGCAAAGAAUUACCUGGAAGUAGAAAUUCCACUGUUCUGGCUUUUUCUUAUUAAGCAUAUGAAUUGUACUUUGACCUUCUGUUUCUCAACUAUUUUCUUGUUAUUUGUUUAAAGAUGAAAUCUUUUUAAUAGCUGCCACUAUUAUCAUCAAACCAUUAUCAGUUGAUUUUUCUUUCUUAUGUAUUCUCAUUAUGUUUUUUUUUUCUUGUGCCUUCAGGGAUAUUACAUUGGUCUAUCAUGGAAUUUAGUAGAUAAUGUUUUUAGUACAAUAAAAAGAUAUAUCUAGAUGUAGCACAAUUGUAUCUUUUAAUUGCAGGGUACCUGAGGAAAGAGUUUAGCACUGUCCAACUGUGUUUUGUAGAAAGAACCUAGAGACAGGAGACAAAAGUAGUGACUAAUUCAGGUUUUCUUAGUAAGCCUGUAACAGAAAUUGAACUUUUGUCUACUGAAUUCUUGCCAAAUAUUUUCUGCAGCCUACUCUCCUGCACAGGCACCUUUCCAAAGUGAAAAAAGGCAUAAUAGGAAGAUGAUGUAUACAGAUUUAAAUUAAACAUACACAGUUCAUGAAAUUGUGGUUUUACUUAAUUCAGUGGUAAAAAGCCCUUUGACUUUAGUGGAGUCAGGAUUUUCUUCAGGUCAGACCUUUUUUACACUCUUAGGUCUUUUUUCUUUUAAUUCCUUUUAUGAAAAACACACUGAUCUGAAGAGGAAUAAGGUUGGUUUUGUCACCAUUAUUCUGACAUUUCUCUUUUUUUGUUGGGGUUGCUACUCUUCCAUUCUCAUUAUAUAAGUAGUAUUUUAUCUUUUGAUAACUAUUAAUUACAUCUCAGUAAAACACACAGUCAUUUACAUUGCGACCACAGAGUAAUAGUUAGGGUAAGGAUAGAUUUUUAAAAUUGAAAUUAGUAUGUUUUAAACUUAGAACCUUCUUAUUUGCCAUUAAAAUUAUGGACAGCUUUUAAGGUUAGUGUGAGUUCAUUUUGUUAAGUAGGAUAUUUAGUGAUAGUUUGCAGAUUAGCAAUCAGAAUUUUAGAUGAAAAACAUGGUUUGCUCCUGAUAGUUAAAUUUGUGAUAUUUGCUCUGGUUACAUUCUGUUUCUUCUCUGAUUUUAUUUCUUUAAUUUUCUUCCUGAAUACAGUGAGUGUUUUCCUCCUAUUUCCUCCUAUUUUUCUCCUAAAUACUGUUAUGGCAGUGAAAGAUUAGAGUUCACUGAGACAUAGAAAACAAGAAAGAGACUUGGUGGCAAAAUGGAAAAAAAAAACAACAAACAUAAUCAAUGCUUUUAAAAGAGCCUGAGAAGGAAAGGUUUUUUUGUUUGUUUCGUGGUUUGAAUUGUUGUUUUUUUUUUCUCUAUAAUGGUUGUAAAUGAUGGAACCACUGUAAGUAGUAAAAUCCAGAUUGGGAAGUGUCAUACAGUCACAAAAUAGUCUCUUACACAACAUAUUGACACCGGUUCUCAUAAAAUCAAUUGAGAGAACAACUGCUUUCUUGAACAAAUUAUUUUUUGGAGGACUAUAUUCCUCCAUUCUACUUCAUCUGCUUAUCAUCUUCAGAGAAUUCUGAGUUGUACUUGAUUUAACUUCAAUGGUUUCAAAAAGAAUACGAGUUAUUAUUCAAGUUUAUCAACUCAAAAGAUGUAUUCAAUAUGUAUACAAACUGAGAGAAGAAAUCCUUGAAAAGAGUAGCCUUGCUGAGAAGAACUCAGGGGCCCUGGUUAAUGGAAAACCUGACAUAAGCCAGCAGUGUGUACUUGCAGUCUGGAGAGCCAAUCUUAUCCUGGGCUGCAUCAGAAGAGGGUUAGCUAGCAGGGACAGGGAGGUGAUUGUCCCUCUCUGCUUUGCCUUCAUGAGGCCCCAGCUGGAUUACUGUGUCCAAGAUAGACUGAAGGAAGCCUGGAAAAGAGAAGGCUGUGAGACCCCAUUGUGGCCUUCCAGUAUUGAAAGUUACAAAUGUGAGGGAAAUCAAUUUUUUACAUGGGUAGAUAGUGAUAGGAAAAGGGGCAAUGGUUUUAAACUAAAGGAGGGGAGAUUUUGGUUAGAUGUCGGGGAAUUUUUUUACUGAGAGAGUGGUGUAGUGCUGGAAAAGGUUGCCUACAGAGGUUGUGGAUCCCCGUUCCUGGAGAUGUUUAACACCAGGGUGGCUGGAGCCCUGGGCAAUCUAAGCCAGUACUUGAUAUAGUGGCUGGUAACCCUGCCUGUGGCAGGGCUUUAGAAGUUGAUGAUCCUUGAGGCUCCUUCCAAACCAGACCCCUCUAUGACUCUAUGCUUAUUCCUCACAGGAUAUUGUGCUCUGGGGAGAAGUUAUGUGCAGGAUUUAAGACAAAAUAUGCUUAUGAAAGUUUAAAAAUUCCAAUGAACAUGGCAUAAAAUUUAAAAGAUAAAUUAAGAAUAGAAAGAUCUAAUAUAUAAUGUCAAAUUUUAAGUAGUUUUAAUUUUGUUCUAUCUUGCCUUCUGUUUUGAAAGUGAAGAAAUUAAAAGCAUUAAUGAAUUAUAUCUGCACCAAAUCACUUUCCAUCAUAUCACCUCUAAAUUAUGCCUCAGUAGUACUAGGAAUAGAACAGUAAACAUAAAAAUAACUGAUACAAAAAUGAAACACAUCUACUCAUCCUGCAAAGGUGAAAUUACUAUUGCUUUUUUAUUUGUGGUGCCAUAGAUAAGGCAGGGCAUAUAUGUCAUUUUCUUUUGACUGUUUGGUUUCAGUCUUUUGGUUUAUUUCCUAACAAUGUGUUUGAUUUAGAAAAUAUUUUAUUCCACUGAGCUGACAUGCUGUUGACCAACAAAAAAUCUUGGCUUACAACAUAUGUGUAAAACAAUCUUUGAAGUGGUAGAUACUGGCCUGGAUAACUGGAACUUCAGUUCCAUGUAAGUAAAUGAACAGAUAUAUAAAUAAAGGAAUAUACUCUACUCUUAGCAUGAAAGAAUUAAGCCUUGUCAGUUAAAAUGGUUUCUGUGAUUGUGAUACAGACCAAAGACUAAGAAUGAAGAAUGCCAUAGCUUUAGGCCAGACUUUUCAAACAUGGUAUAUUUAAGACUAAUUUUGCAAUCAUAUAGGCUGUAGAAUUCAUAAUUCUAGAACAAAAUUAAGAAUAGAAUUCAUAAUAGCAUUAACAUACCAAUGGAGUAUUAUCAAGAGUUAGUUGCAUACACUUAUUUCUUAUUAUCAGAACUAAUAUCAAAGUCAUAUUCCUAUAAUCUUUUCAAGUACAGACAUGUCAGAUGUAGUGUAGUAUAAACAUGUGCCAAACUGUAUCUUUAUCUCAGAAUAUUUUCUCUGUGUUUUUUUUUUCAUAAUAUGAUAGACUAAAGCUAAUCAUUGUGUAGGGUUUUGGCACUGAUUCAUUGGCAUUAGGUGAAGAUAGCAUGCAAAUUUGACUAGUACUCCAAGAAAAAUUGAAGAGCACUCAAUCUCAAAAUAGUUCUUCAUAAAACCAUUUAAUUCCCACCAUAUGAUAAUAUCCAAUUAUUUAGAAGUCACAUAAUAUUCAGUAUUGAGGCAUCUUUUGUUUCCUGGAUAAAAACAUAAUUUUAUGUGUAUUUAAGCAACUGAUAAUUUAUUUUCAUGAUGCUUAUAACAAAUAAGGUGUUCAUAUUGGACCCUACAUGGAUUUCCUUUAAAAGUAGUGAUUCCUUUCCUUGAGUUAUUUUGAAACAGCAUAACAGCUCUGUUCUGCCUGGCUGACUUAAUCUAGAAGACAUUUGAUUGAUUCAGAGGUGACAGAAAACUGUCAUGAUUGAAAGACCUGUUAUUAAUUGAUAGAUAAUCAGUCUUCAGUGAAAUUAGAAAUUAAAACAAAAACUGCCAACUGGCUGGCAUUGAUUCAGUUUAUAAAAAUAGGAGAAUGUGUUCAGUUAAUAUUGUUAUGUAACUGUAGGUAAAGUUGACAAUGUUGAUGAGUGUAGUGCCUGAAAAUUUUCCAAAUUUUCCAAAUUUAGAGUGGAGUCAGAAUUAUUUUCUUUAAUUCUGUUCUAAACUAUUUGGGUUUGAAGGUUCUUUGACAUUUGUUUGUUUGCUUGUUUGUUGUUGGUAGUUUUGAGGUUUUUUGUGUGUGUGAUUGCUUUGUUUCCUUGUUCAGUUUGGGGUUUUUGUUUGUUUGUUUGUUUUUGUUAGUCUAAGGUGAAUUUGAUUCUUCAGGAGUAUAAGCAUGUGCAUAUAGCUUGGAUGUGAUGUGCUUGAAGCACAGCUGAGUAUAUGAUUCAUCUAUUUGACUUCCUUAUGUACAUAUUGCUGCAAGUGUUGCCACUAAGACAACCUCUGCUGUGCAUGUCUUUGGGCAGAUUUAAAUAGCUUCCUUUAUUUUAAUUAGGAUGUCAAAGAAAAGCUUCUUUGUUUUUAACACUUAAAAUUAAGCUUGGUCUGAAGUCUAAAUUUAGCCCUACAGCAACAAUAAAUGCAAAGACAAUUCACUUUCUUGCAGUUGCAAAGGUAAACUGGAAAAGAAGACUGCAAAGUAGUAGAUCUGGGUAAGACGCUUCCAGUUUAUAUAGUUUCUUUUCUAAUUAUAACUGCUUUUAAGCAGCUGAUCUAUUUGCUUUAAAAUUUCCCUUAGGCUAGAAAUACUGAAUUGCAAACUUCUCUAUUCUGCAUAUUUUUAAAACUAAAUUCUUCUGAGCAAUAGAAGUGAUAAGGAAAAGCUUACCAGACAAACAGAUAUCACUAUAUCUCUCCAUAAAGUGUGCCUAAAGUUUACUAGACAAAUACAUAGCACUGUAUCUGAAUAAAGUGUGCCUAAAUCAUUCUGAAAUUAAAAGUGUUACAUUGUUCUGCAUGAACACUGAUUGUAUUUCCACUUGAAGCUGGUUUGUUAAGACUGGAAAGCCAUUCAGGAAUAACUUUGAAUAGUAAGGGUUAGCUGAUCAUUUAAUGUGAGGGACUAUGCAAUGCAGUUGUCUGCAAUAAUAACUCAAUUAGCCAGACACCCAUUUAAAUUCAUUGUUGCUGUUAAAACUGAGCGUGAUGCAAUUCACAGUUGCCUGGACACCUAGGGUAAGAUUAUUUUUUUCUAACUGCCUAGAAGUUGACUGUUUUGUUUAACCUCAUGGUCUCGGUUCUUUGUGCUGGGAGACAGACACCUUCAAGAACCGUUCAUCCUAUUUUGCAGUGGGAUUAAUAAUCUUUUGGAACAGAGAGCUGUUUUGCUUUAGACAUCUAGCUCUUAAACUGUUAAGUUACAUGCAAAUAGCUCCAUCCUAAGUUUAUAAAAGAAUAUGUUCUUGGCCCACAGCAAGUAUUUUUUAGUUUGAACUUUCAUAUUUUAAAAAUCAUAAGGCUCAUGACUAAUAUCGGUGAAUCAAUAUGUAUUCUUGUGAAGUAUUCCUCCUGAAUGUGAUCAAGUCAGAAUUAAAAUAAUAAUUAAGACAUUCAUUUCAAUGGCUAUUCAUUCUGGCAGGACAGUGUUGAAAUCUGAACCUGUCUCUAUAGAUAACAGCCUAUUGACUGUUCUGUGUCUGACUCUUUCAGAGGAAAAUCUCAGCUAGUAACUUCAUUCUGCAUCUCAAACAGCCCCUUAGCCUUGUCUCUGUCAUCUAGCUGCCACACUUCCCAGCCACUGUCUGACAGUUUGACAAAAUUAUAUAUAAAUAACAAAUAUCCAGGUGAUAUGUAGUGAAAGAUAUAUAGUGAUAUCCAGGUGAAAAUACAGUGAUAGUAUAAAAUACAUUAUUCUUGUACUUCAGUUUUUCCGUAGUGUAUCUGAUUGCAUUCUUUAUUUUCUGAGGUAAACUAAUAUAUUUCAUUCAGGAGCUGCAAAGCUGAGUGCUUAAGAAAUACACCAAGUCUUCAUUUUAGCAUGCUUAUGCAAUUGAUUUGUAACUAUUUAAUUGAAAAAAAAAAAAAUCAGUCUAAUCACUUUUAGUGCAUAAGUUAUAUUCAGCCUGUAAAUUCCUCAUUAUUCAUACACAGAAGGAUUUGUUCAGUGAUUGUGACCCCAAGGAUUUUGUUGAUAGAAUAAUCUGCAUUUCUAAAGAAAGAAUAAGCAGCAUGGUAUUUAAUUCUCUAAAAGAAAAGUUAUGAUGCACAUGAAAGCAUAAUGGCAUCUUACAGUUUUAAAAACAAUAUCCACAACUUGCUUGUCAAUUGGCCUGUUCACUUGUCUAUCUGUUCUGUACAGUCUUGAUCUAAUAAUUGCUAAUUAUAUCAUUGUUUAUCAGCUCAUUUGAAACAUCCUGAAAUUCAGUCUAGUUCAGCAAAUUGCUGUGCUUAAGGCAUUUUUACAUUCCAGGAAAUUAGAAUAUCCCUAGAAGGCGAAGAAUUAAUAAUAAAAAUCCUCUUUUGUAAAAGAUUAUCAUUACAGAGCAAAUGGAGCAGAUCUUUCCUAUCUUAGUGCAUUUAAUAUUCUCAUUUUUUGCUAUGAAAUUUUGAUGGAAAGACUAUGUGGGGAUCACUGUUUUAUUAACUUGUUAAGAGAAAAAUUUACUGAACCACUACAGCGUACUGAUUUCAGUAUCUGCUAUAUGGAAAAGCGACAAUAGUAAUGGAUGACAUUUAGACAUUUCCAUAUGGCAGCUAGCUCAUUCUUCAGAUGUUUCAUGAUCUUGACUUUUCUGUCUGGUAUUGUGGAGUUUCUUACUAAUAGAUCCAACCUUACUGAACCCUGGAACUUUGAGAGUAAAGCAUUAGAGAAGCAAAUCCACAGAUCGUAUCAUUCUGUUGGAAAGGGGAUUCUGACUGGUAAGUGGGCAAUAAGUAGAAAUUUUAACAGUACAUGCAGGGCAUUUGUGAUCAGUUACUAAAUGUUGUUUGAAUGAUCACGCAUGCAACUACCUCUAGAGUGGAAGAGAUUAACAUAUUUCUUGAAAUCCAUUAUAUAUAGAGAUGUCUUCAUCUAGUUAUCUGCAUAACUAUAAAAUUACAAAGGUAAACAUAAUAUCUAAGAUAUGUAAUGAGAAGAAAAAAGGUAGAUGUCAGAAUAAAGUUGCUGUCCUCUAGAUAAUAUUCUUGGAGUUUCUCAAGUACAUAAACACAAAUUGUCUUCCAAGUUGUUUUUUUGUUUUGUUUUUACUGUAUAUUUUAUUUUAAAAAAAUAUCUUGCAGCUUAAUCUUGGUGUCCAACACUGUUUUUAUUACUCAUUUAUUAAUCAUUUUGGCAUUGCAUGAUUGGAGUCUUGAAAAAAAAGAAGACCUCUGUGAUCUUUCAUUUCAUUCUACAAAGUGAGUGAUCCUUGUAAGUAGAGAGGAAAUCAUUACAACACAAUUCUGAAACUAAUUUUGAUAUGUCUGUUCUUCUGUCAAGCUUUUGGACAAAUAGUAGUUUAUUUCUCAGCUUGUUAUGUUGAUCUCUUAGAAAUCUCAAGCUGAUUUCUACUAUAAAAUCUUAAUCAUUUAGGCAAAGUAAAAAGCCUUUGUAUUUGUAGUAUUAAGGUCAUGCAGUUAAGUGAUUUACAGGAAUUAUCUAGUUUAUUUUUGCCAAGCCAUUAGAAAUAUGUUCUGGAGAUUAUUAAGCCUAGCCCUAGAAAUUGAAAUAUUUGACUUUCAUGAGGUAAAAGAAAUAAGGCAUCCAAUAAUAAUCCAUUUUGUGCAGAAAUGGUUUACUGCACUGGAUUGUGAAGAAUCUAUACUAUAUCUCAUAGUUUUUAUCCUAAGAUUCAAAAAUAUGAAUAAUUACUCUGGAAAUAGGGAUACAUGUGUAAUUUUCAAGUCAGUAAGAUUUACUUCUGACAAAUUUAUACUGUCAGAAGUAAACUUACUGAUAUUAAUACACCUGAGACAGGGGAUUUGGAACUUGAUGAUACUUGAGGUGCCUUCCAACCCAGGCCAUUCUAUGAUUCUAUGAAGUGCAGAGUCCUGCACCUGGGGAAGAAUAAACACGUGCUUAUUUAGCAGCUGACCUGCUGAAGAGAGGCUCUGCAGAGGAGGACUUGGGUUUCCUGGUGGACAGCAGGUUGGCUAUGAGCCAGAAGCACGCCCUUGUGGCCAAGAAGGCUAAUGGUAUCCUGGGAUGAAUUAAAAGCAGGUCAAGGGAGGUUGUGCUCCCCUUCUACUCUAUGUCAUGAUGCCACAUCUGUAUCCAAUACUGUGUCCAAUUCUGGGAUCCCUAGUUAAAGAAUUUAACAGAAUUUAACAGAGGACCUUAAAGAUGAUUAGAUGCCUGGAGAAUCUCCUUUAUGAGAAAAGGCUGAGAGACCUGGGACUGGAGAAAAAAGAGAGUAGAUCUAUCAAUGCUUGUAAAUAUCUGAAGGGAGGGUGUAAAAAGGAUGCAGCCAGGCUUUUUCCUGUGGUCCCAGCAACAUGGAAGGGGGCGCAGAAGGCCCAAAAUGGAACACAGGAAGUUCCUUAUAAACAUGAGAAAAAAACUUCAUUACUUUGAGGGUAACAGAGCAGUGGAAUAAGCUGUUUACACAGGUUGUGGAGUUGGACUAGAUGAUCCCAUGGUCCUUUCCAACCCUUACAAUUCUAUGAUUCUGUGAUUCAUAAGGUGCUAUUUCUAGUUUAAAAAAUGAAAUUCUAAAAUUUAGCGAUUGAGUUUAGGAACCUUAAACUCAAAAUACAGACACAAAAGUCCCAUCUAAGGCCUAAGGAGAUAACUGCCUGUCUUUACACCACUGGCAGCCUUUGCAAAAUUCAGUAAAGAGUAGCUCUAUAUGCGUCGUUGAGACCAAAAGAACUUACCUAAGGACUUCCAGUUACUCAGAGGCAGAGUUGGCAAUGGCAUUCCCCUCCCUGGAUAAUUUAUGCUAUGCCCUGGACCAUCAGCAUACUGUCUGAAAUGUGAAAUCAUUGUUUUUCAUAUAUCAAGAUUAAAACAACAGGUGAGGAGUACUAAAUAUGAAGAGGUAGUUCAUCUGAGAAAUUCUGACAAGAUCUACUGUAUGCAAGUGAAUCAGAAGCACUUUAUUAUACAUUUAGAAUUUCAAGACUGAAUUAUAGUUUUAGUAAUCAGCAGUUCCCUUUCUCUUCUGUCUUUUUUUUUUUUUUUUAA